UACACCGACUCUCUGUAUCUCACAGACGCCCGCCGACGUUCUUUGAUCCCUCUCAGCUGCCCUCAACAAUCUCUCCGGUCCCUCUGGCUCCGAGCUCUCUCUCUUUCUAUACAUAUAUAUAUGUAUGUAUAUGUGCGAGUUACGUACAUUCUUGCAAUUCAGGGUUUUAGGGGAGUCUUUGAGAGAAUUAAAAGAUUUGGGGUCGUAGUUUGUGAUUUCUCUUUCCUAGGGUCUCUGACUCUUGGAGUGUAAGAACUGGGAUUCGGGUUUCAAUUUUUUGUCCCUGCUAGGGUUUGUUACAAGAGCUCGUCCAUUAAUUUUUUUUUUUUCUCUGUAAGUGAUUCCUAAAUCUGCAAUUCAUUUUUAGGGUUUUGAUUUUAUUUUUAUCUCCGAGAAUUCUAUCUCUGUUCAUCCGUAAAGUCCAGGAAUUAGAGAUUGGAAGCUCUCUGUACUAGAGUUUGACUUGCUCUGUCGAUUUUGAAAUUACAAUAAUUCGAAAUCCAUAGCGUUCUAUUCUAGGGUUUUGAUCAGUUUCUGAAGUGUUCAUUAGAAAUUAUAAUAAUUGGAACUCCAGUGCUUCUGUUCUUGGGUUUUCAUCAGUUUCUACAACUAAACUAAGAGAACCGAGAGUCAGGAACUGACUUCUCCCUCUCUUCCAGGGUUUAUUCGGAUUGAAAAUCCGCCAUGGCCUCGUACAGGCCCUUUCCUCCGCAAACUUCAUUCGCGCCCGCCCCGAUUCAGAACCCCCUUCCACCACCACAACCACAACCUCCGCCGCCGCUACAUCCACCUCACCAGCGAGCUCAGUACAAUCAGAAUUGGGGUGGAUAUGGUGGUGGUGGUGGUGCUGCUGCUGCUGAUGGGUCUAUAUCCUCGGCUCCUCCUCCACCGUCUUCUUCAUAUCCCCAAAACUACAACACCAGCCAAAUGCACCCGAAUUCGAAUUACCACCACCAACAUUACGUUCCGCCGAGGGGUCAGCAACCUCCUCCACCUCCUCCUCACCAGCAGUAUCCGUAUCCACCACCACCGCCCCCUCCGGAGUCAUCUUACCCACCACCACCACCACCACCCGCUCCUUCUAUGGCACAAAACUCGAUGAAUGUGCAGCCCCCACAAGCUCCUAUUUAUUAUCCGUCUAAUCAGUACAGUCAGUAUAGUCAUCCGCCAAUACAGCCAAUGCGACCACCGCCUCCACCACCACCUCCAUCUUCACCCCCAAGUUCAUCAAUUCCACCACCACCACCCCCAAGUUCACCACCGCCUCCUCCAUCGGCUCCUCUGCAGAACAAGGUGGGUGGAGUAGAUAGGGGGUCUCAUGAGCGUGAUAAAGGGUCUUCCAAGGAGCUAACGGCUUCUGGAAGGCAUGGGCUUUUAAACCUUGUUGUUCCUGCUAAACAGCAGCAGAAGCCCCCGGUGCCUCCUGUGCCAGUGAAGAAAUCUAAUGGGCCACCGGGGAGGGUGGAAACGGACGAAGAGAGGAGGUUGAGGAAGAAGAGGGAGUUUGAAAAGCAAAAACAGGAAGAGAAACAAAGGCAGCAGUUGAAGGAGUCCCAGAACACGGUUCUACAAAAGACUCAGAUGUUGUCCUCUGCAAAGGUUCAUGGGUCGAUUGUGGGGUCACGGAUGGGGGAUAGGAGAGCUACUCCAUUGUUGAGUGGUGAGAGGGUUGAGAAUAGAUUGAAGAAGCCAACAACAUUCUUGUGCAAGUUGAAAUUCCGCAACGAGCUCCCAGAUCCAAGUGCACAACCAAAGCUCAUGGCUAUGAAGAAUGAGAAAGAUCAAUAUACAAAAUACACGAUCACAUCUUUGGAGAAAACUUACAAGCCCAAACUUUUUGUCGAGCCAGAUCUGGGGAUACCUCUUGACCUUCUUGACCUCAGUGUAUACAAUCCUCCUAGUGCUAGACCACCUCUUGCUCCAGAAGACGAGGAAUUGUUGCAUGAUGAUGUAGCAGUGACCCCUGUAAAGAAUAAUGGCAUUAGACGAAAAGAAAGGCCUACUGAUAAAGGUGUUGCCUGGCUGGUGAAAACACAGUAUAUAUCUCCUCUUAGCAUGGAAUCAACAAAGCAGUCUUUAACUGAGAAACAAGCAAAAGACCUGAGAGAAAUGAAGGGAGGCCGUAACAUUUUGGAGAACCUUAACAAUAGGGAAAGACAAAUCAAGGAAAUAGAAUCCUCAUUUGUGGCAUGCAAGUCACACCCUGUCCAUGCAACUAACAAAGAUUUAUAUCCUUUAGAGGUUCUGCCUUUGUUGCCUGAUUUUGAUCGGUAUGACGACCAAUUUGUUGUUGCGGCAUUUGAUAGUGCUCCUACAGCUGAUGCAGAAGUCCAUGGCAAGCUGGAUCAAACUGUUCGUGAUGCCUAUGAAUCACAGGCCAUUAUGAAAAGUUAUAUGGCAACGGGCUCUGAUACGGACAAAUCAUUUUUGGCAUACAUGGUCCCUUCUCCGGAUGAGCUAUCCAAAAAUAUUUAUGAUGAACGCGAAGACAUCUCAUACUCUUGGGUUCGCGAGUAUCAUUAUGAUUUUCGUCUAGAUGAUGUGGAUGACCCCACAACAUACCUUGUUUCAUUUGAUGAAGCAGAAGCACGCUAUGUGCCUCUUCCAACAAAACUCGUUUUAAGAAAAAAGAGGGCCAAAGAAGGAAGAUCUAGCGACGAGGUCGAAUAUUUUCCUGUACCUUCCAGAGUUACUGUAAGGCGGAGAUCAGCUGUUGCUGCAGUCGAACUGAGGGAUUCAGAGGUUUAUUCAAAUUCGAAGGGGAGUUUUUCAAAUUCUAAGAGGGGAGGGUUAGACAUUGAAGAUGGCCUUGGAAGACCACAGAAGGUUGCCCGGCAUCAGGACAUUGAUCAAUCUAGUGGAGCUGAAGAUGAAAUUUCUGAUUGAUUUAUUCUAAUCCAAAUUCUGCUGCCUUGAAGUAAAAAGUUCCCAAUUUUUUGAAGCAGGUAGACCUGGUGGCGGACUGGUGUUUUACUGUGCUGAUGCCGCAAAGAUGUGAGGUAAAGUAGUAAUAUAUCUAAAUGUAUGUUCAUUCCAGCUUCCAAUUAUAUGUAUAAACAUAUUUUCAGAUUGUAGCUGGUUCUGGUUGAUAUAGCCUUUUUUUUCCUUUUAAUACCAUGGAACAAAAAAGGUGAAAAUAGGUCCUGUAAAAGGAAACCAGGCAUAAUAGAAUUUUGUUGGGUUC